AUGUCGCUUCCUCCAGAACAGAUCAACAUCAAGCGGCGACGCGAAGAAGAACCUGUGGAAACACUAUACAUUAAAUCCGACUUGCACCCCGGAAAGCGCCGCUUUACUGACUAUGUCUUUCAUCGGGUCACGCUAAACAGCAGCGGGAGCCCUGUUGAAUCUGGCGCCUCGACACCCCCUCACCCAGCUGCACAGAGAUUGCUACGUAGUCCCCGGUCAGUGAGCAGUCUUCAGAUUCCUCCUCAUCGCACUGCGACUGCACGAAACAGUUCUUCAAAUGGAAUUCCCACUGUGCGUGCUACAUCGCCAGGUGCAGAGAUCCGUGAAGCCCAGCGUGCUGCUGCAGCUCGGAAAGAAGCCGAAGAAAAGCGCAAACGCGCUAUCCAGGGUCCUCCUACCCCGCAAUCUGUUUCUCUAUCACCACUAGGCAGUGUGCUCGCCUCUGAAAGGGGACGAAUUGGACAAGAGCCCAUCUCCGUUUCUGUGCCACCCUCUCCGCGCCCUGCGCAAUCCGUGCGCCGCUUUCAAAUCUCCAGACCCAGCGCCUCGACUCCAGGUUCCCGUCCGAGCUCACGCGCUGGCAUUCAGAAGCGCCGAGCGGAUGGCCCUUCGCCCGGCAUAGCAGUUCUAGUGGAGCAGCUUCAGCGCAAGCCGCAUUCACGCCAAGCCUCUGUGAUCGCAGAUCUGGUGCAUCAAGCAUCUGAAAGCCAAGAAGGUAUUAAGAUCAAGACCCCUGAAGAGGAAGUCGCACCACCAGUGAAACCCAGAAAGCGGCCUGUCGUGAACCAAGCCGAAAAGAAAUGGCGAGAGGAGCGGCAGGCUGCCAUUUCUGCUGCGAAAGAUCAUCUCUCGGAAACACUGGAGAAAUCUGCACGGGCGAAGCAGAGCACUUGGGAUGAAGAAUCAGAGCGCCUAGCCAAAGAAUUCGAGCAGGUUGCACUGGACAUCGAGCGAGAUAUGGAUGUGGAACCUCGGAACUUCAAUGAUAAUUUUGCCCCGCCAUCGCCUCAGCCGCGGGUACCGUUCAAACCACCGCAGCCAUUGAAAUACCAGCCGCGGCCUCCUAAGCAACCUAGGGCUGUGCCAUCUCAGUCUUCUCCGGCUAUUGAUGAGACGAAAACUGACGCGGUGCCAACCGUUGGCGACGAUGACGAUGACUACGUUUAUGAUGUCUACAUUCGACGUCCACUAGAGGAAAGCGACAGGCUCGCGAACCCACUAGCUGAACUAGAGUCCGAGCAGCAGCUCAAGGCAGCAAACUCGGGUGUUGGUAUUAUCGUAAUCACCGAGGAAGAUGAGCAGUACUGGGGGAACUUCAUUGAAGAUGACGAGGAAGAAUGGGAUAGUGAGGAUGCCGACUCCAAUGCUGAAAACAAUCCUGCGAAUGAGUACCCGGAAGAAGAGCUAUCUUCAUCUGACGAGGAAGAUGAUCCUACUGCCAUCUAUAGAAAAUAUCGGACCCGCGCAGCAUCAGAUGAUGAAGAAUUCGAUUUUGACCAUUCCGGAAGCGAGGGUGAUAGAUUCGGACAGUGGCGUUCGGGUGGACAAAUAUAUUCGGACGACGAGAGUGAUUAA